AUGCUAGUGCCGGCCCGAAAGGGGAAACGGCUUGACGCAAGCCCCACGACGCCAGGCCACAAGAAAAAGGUGUUUGCCUUCGGCAACUUCGCCUCGUUGCACAAACCCGAAAAGACCCACAUCGAGAAGUCCGAGGGUAUUAUCGAGAAGGUCGUGUCGUUCGACGCGUUGCGCGUCUUCCCCACGGUGCGGGCGGCCAUGAUCAAGGAGAUCCGCCAGAGCUACAACUUCAAAAACACCUAUGUUGCCAGCAAGGAGCAGCUUGACAUCAAGCCGCUGCCGGUGCAGAUUGCGGCCAUCAAGAAAAUCAACCAGCCGCGCAAGGUGUCCGCGCAGAAGUUGGAGGAGGUGGGCAACGUGCUUCUCCAUGACAUUGUCAAAGAGAACGAGAGCAGCAAGUUGAAGGUGUUCACCAUAGCCGCCGAGACCGGCUCCGGCAAGACCUGGGCGUACUUGGCCUCGGUUCUCCUGAAGCUCAAGGAGGACGACCUCCGGCUCUUCAAGCACAGCCCGCGUUCCUAUGCCGAGGCGCAGAGUGCGCAGAUGGUCCGCGCAGUGAUUCUCUUGCCCACCCACGAGUUGGUCAGCCAGGUCUACGACACGGUCAGGGCCGCGUGCGACAUGCCGUUGAACGCGGCGGCCGAUCUCCCCCGCAGAUUCUUGGAUUCCGAGGAGUACGGCCGGUUUCUCCAGGAGCCCGAGAACGCGUCGGGCUUGAACCUCAACGUGGUCAAGUGGGGCUCCGGCGAGUCGCCCGGCAAGCUCUUUGGCCAGUUGGAGACGCGCAGAGUCGAUGUGUUGGUAACCACGCCGGGCAAGCUCGAGGGCUUGUCCAAGCUCACCAACUUCCAACGGCCGUUCCGCUUCUUCAGCCACGUGGACUACUGUGUGGUCGACGAGGCGGACACGCUCAUGGACGACUCGUGGUUUGUGGACACCACCGCGGUGCUCCUGCGGUUCCCGCGCUUGAAGGACCUCAUCAUGUGCUCCGCGACGAUACCGCGUGACUUCGAGAAGAGCAUCAAGCGCGUCUUCAAGGAGGACAAGUCCAUCAUUCGUAUCGUCACGCCGCAGAUCCACAAGAUCCCGCGGCAGAUUGCCGUGAAGAUCAUCGACGCGCAGCAGGCGCCGUACCACGGGUCGAAGACACGGUGUUUAGCGCAGGCGUUAUACGCAAUCCACAACGACGGCACCGAGGCCGGCUUCGUCAAGCGCAUCAUUGUGUUUGUCAACGAGAAGAAGAAUGUCCAGCCGCUCGUGGACGUCUUGAUCGCGAAGUUCGGCCACCGCUUCCAGGACGUGGUUGGCGUCACCGGCAGGGACUCUGCCGACGAGCGCCGGUUGAAGAUCGCGCCUUUCCUCAAGCAGGCCGUCCCUCUCAAGGACGACCCGGACAAAAGCGAGAUCAAAGUGUUGGUGACCACUGACUUGAUGGCACGAGGCUUGAACUUCCAAGGCAUCAAGAACGUGGUUCUCAUGGACUUGCCCAAGACGUCGAUUGACCUCAUCCACCGCAUUGGCCGGACGGGGAGAAUGCGCCAGUCCGGGCGGGUUUUCGUGAUCAUCGACAAGAAAUCAGGCAAGUCCUGGAUCAAGGGGUUGCCCACUGCCAUCAAGCAGGGUGCGACCAUCGGAUAG